CAGCGUCCUCGCGCUGCUCACGGGCGGUGCCUUGGGGACUGAUGCACGCCUGAACGCCUUCGACGUGGCUGUGGUUCUCGCGUUUGCCUACUGCACCCGCUGGCAGACUCCGUGGGCCGGGGCUGCCGGUUUGGCAACAGCGGCAACGAUGUACUUGUCUCCAUCGAUGCCAUUCUGGUUUCGCGCUCUGCUCUUCGGGCCGGGAGCUGAGAACCCGAGUCAGCACGCCAUGCAGUUUCAGCCGUACAUGCACAGUGCGCCUGGGCCACAGGCAGGCUUCGCGCAGCACGCCCCUUGGGUACAGCAGGGGUACCCGGUGUAUGCGUGGCAGCAGAACCCGUAUGCCACCAUGCAGUGGCAGCCGCUGGGCUAUGCUGCAGGCUUCCGAGAUGAUUUGCACGGCCGCUAUCCGCGUCAGUGGCCGGGACACUGGAAGUGGGAGUGA